GUGAACGCUGCUGCAUGAAUUCUGCUACUGGAGGAAGGUGUAACCUGAGUCUAAAGUAACGAGGCAUUCGGCUAUCGUUAGUUUUGGAUUUGAAAACAACAAAAUUUACACUCCGGCUUAUUUUUCUCGAACGUCGACGGUUUUGAUCAGUCGGCAUGGAGAUCGAAAUUCUUCAAGGUAGUAGCACCAAACCUGUUGCUCAUUUAAAAGAUUUGUCAUCAACAACUACCAUUUAUGAUAUAAAAAAAGAAAUCCACAAAAUCAAAAGGAAACUUCAUCCAUGUAGACAAGCUUUGAGAUUGGAACCUCGUGGAAAGUUUUUAGCUGACAAUUUAACUUUACAGUCAGUUGAAUUUAAAGGACAAAGUAAUCAAUUGUAUUUGAAAGACCUUGGACCACAAAUAGGAUGGAAAACUGUUUUCUUGUUUGAAUAUGCUGGCCCUCUUGCUCUUUAUGUGGCCACUUACUUUCGGCCUGCUUUUAUGUAUGGAGCUGAUGCAAAUAAAGCAAUCCAUCCCGUUGUUCACAUAGCAGUUAUUUGUUGGAUUUUCCAUUAUUCAAAGCGUCUGCUGGAAACACUCUUUAUUCAUAGGUUCUCUCAUGCCACUAUGCCAAUGCGUAAUCUUUUUAAGAACUGCUCAUACUAUUGGUUGUUUGGCCUCUACAUUGGAUAUUAUGCUAAUCACCCUCUGUACACUGCUCCAGCUUGCCAGAUGCAAAUAUAUGGUAGUCUUGCUGCCUUUAUUUUUGCUGAACUUGGAAACUUGAGCAUUCAUUUGGCUCUGCGAAAUUUACGUCCCGAAGGUUCAACUGAAAGAAAAAUUCCAAUGCCAACUAGCAAUCCAUUUACCUGGCUGUUCAACUACGUUUCUUGCCCUAACUACACUUAUGAAGUAAUGGCGUGGGUAUCUUUCUCAGUAAUGACUAAUUUGCUGCCAGCUGGACUCUUUACUAUGGCAGGUUUCUACCAAAUGGCUGUAUGGGCCUUAGGAAAACAUCGCAACUACAAGAAGGAAUUUUCUAAAUAUCCCAAAAACCGAAAGGCCAUUAUCCCUUUUAUUUUGUAAGAAUAGCUAUAGAAUUCAGCAACUCUAAAGUGUAACACAUUCCUACUUAUGAGCACAUGUAUGUGGAAAUAAAAUGUUUUUCUUUCUUUUUUUUUUAUUAUACAAUAAAAAUUUUUACUUUAUAAAUUA